CCAGUCUGUGUGAACGCCGGGAAUGGUACAAUUGGACAACAAUUUAUGGGCAGUUAGCUUGCUUAGCUUUUGUCAGAGCUUUGAUUGAAAUUUAUUGUAAUAAAUACGUUAUAAAUACUGCAUUUCACAUUAAAACUAUUUGACGAAAUGGAUAUUUUGAGAGACGAAGGAGUGCAUAAACCCGGUGGUCGUUUGGACAUGAACCACGGCUUCCUUCACCAUAUCCGCAGGAACCAAAUUGCUAGAGAUGACUAUGAUAAAGAAGUAAAGCAGGCUAAAGAGCUACAGAGGCGGAGGCACACGACAACCCCUAGAAGACCUCGUCGACCCGACAUCCAGGUGUACCAUCCGAGACAAAGGCGUGGCUCAGAACCAGAAACUGGUGUCGAUCCCGAAGAGUGGAAUGAGAGUGGGUCGAGCACAGAGACUGAAAUCCACAGGACAGAACUCUUCUGGCUCGACUAUCAGGAGGACUCUGGAGUCAUCACUUCUUUCUUGGUGCACAAGGAGGAUAAGCCUGAGAAGGUGGUGGAGCGUGUUUCAGAGAAGAACGUCUUGGAUGCUGCAAUGAGAGCAGCUUUGGAGGUUCGAAUUCGAAAGGAAAUUGAUAAAAGACGAGACAACCGGUGAUGGGGGUCAACAAACAGCAGAUUUAAAAGACAAAGCUGUUAAAGUCACAGUUCUGUGCUCCUGCUUUUGUGUGGUUUGAGCACAACGAGGAUCCUGCUGUCAUUUACAGUGACACUUGGCAGAGGUGACAUGAAGACAAGCCAUGUGUUGGUUAAGAAGGAGAAGGAAAAGCACUUAUCACUCCAUUAGGUUUACAUGAAUAUCAAAUGAACAUGUUCUUGGUUUUAUUUGUUUAGAAGCAUCUACUUUUUUUUGGUACCAGAAAGAAAAGAAAAAAAAGAUUGUUGCCAUGGAGCUUUGGUGUAUAAGCGAUGUCUUGGUUCUGAAAAUGAGAAGUUUGUCUUGUUUAGUAGCGGCCACAACAUUGUUUAGGUGGUAACUCUGUUUUGUAGUUUCCAGUUGUGUUAUUUAUUACAAGUUGUGAAAAUACUAUUAUUUUUGAUACUAUGACACAUUUUGACAGCUGAAUUUUUUGAAUAAAAGAUUACAUUAGCUUAAAAGCCAUUUAUAGUUUUCCAAUAGAGUCAGGAUAAUGUCCCCUGUUAUUGACUCACCCACCCUUAGCUGUGACUCUUCAUUCAUUUUGUCGAGGUGACAUUUUUGCAGGAAACAUAAGCUCUGACUAAAGAAAUGUUCUGAGUUAAAUGAUUUACAUGAAAUCCUCAGCAGGUGGCAGCAACUGUCAGUUUUAUGACUACCCUGCUUCUUCUAUAUUGUCUCAAACUAUUUCUAUAAUUGCUAGUCAAAUUUUUGAUCUCUAGGUCUUGGUUGAAAAGAUACAUUUCCUUUUACUAGAAAUUGUAUAUAAAAUGUAGAGUAAAGGUGAUGGCUUUUACAUUGUUUCAAUCUAAAAAUCCACCUUUACUCUGACACCCCUGAAUAAAUCUUUUAACAAAUU